GGCGGAAGCGGAAGCGGCGGCGGCGCAGGCGCGGUGCGGGCCCGGGCCGCGGGGAGGGAGGCGCCGCCCGAGAGCGCCAUGGAGUCGCGGGGGGAGCCGCAGCCGCCGAACAGCAUGAGCCAGGGCAGCUCCAACCCGGCCGCGGUGCCGCACGCUGCUGAAGAUAGCCAAGGAGAUGACAGGUGGAUGUCACAGCACAACAGGUUCGUUCUGGACUGCAAAGACAAGGAGCCCGAUGUGCUCUUCGUGGGGGACUCCAUGGUGCAGCUGCUGCAGCAGUAUGAGAUCUGGCGAGAGCUCUUCUCACCGCUCCACGCCUUGAACUUUGGCAUCGAUGGAGACACCACAGGACACGUUCUAUGGAGGCUGAAAAAUGGUGAACUGGAGAACAUUAAACCCAAGGUCAUCGUGGUUUGGGUUGGGACCAACAACUACGACAACACAGCAGAAGAAGUAGCAGGUGGGAUCGAGGCGAUCGUGCGCCUGAUAAAUACCCAGCAGACACAGGCCAAAGUGAUCGUGCUGGGCUUGCUACCUCGCGGCGAGAAGCCGAACCCCCUGCGGCAGAAGAACGCCAGGGUGAACCACCUGCUGAAGAGCUCCCUGCCCAAGCUGCCCAACGUGCAGCUGCUGGACGUGGAUGCUGGCUUCGUGCACUCGGAUGGCACCAUCUCCUACCACGACAUGUUCGACUUCCUGCACCUCACCGGGGGGGGCUACGCCAAGAUCUGCAAACCCCUCCACGAACUGAUCAUGCAGCUGCUGGAAGAGACCCCCGAGGAGAAGAGAGCUGCCCUGGCCUGAGCAGCUGCCCCGGCGUGAGCAGCAUCACCCAGCCCAUCAGAUCAGUUCUGUCACUGGCACUACAGAAUCCUUCUUUCUUAAAGCACUUUCCAUGGUAGAAUGUGGCCGGAGGCUCGUCCCUAGUGUUUGGAGGGGGAAGGCUCAUCCUUAACUGGUCUGUACACACCCGAGGGCCGGCUUGCUUGGUUUUAUUGCAGGAGGAAAUUAGCUGGAGGAGAAGAGUUUUACUUUUAAACCAUUCCUCAUUUCAGCCAAGAACAGGACUCUCGCUCUGUGCCCCUCCCGUGUCUCGUUGCUCUGUGGUUGUCCUACUGCCCCCUGCAGCCUGCGUGCCCGCCCCGCUGCUCCCGGGCACCUCGCUCUGUCUCAGCCUGCCUGGCAACAAGAAUCACAUUCCACUGGCCAAAGGCCACAGCAGGUGAAUUUUUCCAAACCUGGCUCCACCUUUUUGUGGCUUCUUUUUGGGGUUGUUUUUCCUUUGUUCUUUUGCUCUCCAGGGGGUUUGAGCUGCCCCCGUCUUGCCCUCUCAAACUGGAAGUCAGAAGCUUAAGCAAGCAGAGGUUUAACCCAGCUCCUCUUCCACUCCCAGGCUCUUCUUCUCGUGCUUCUCUCUCCUCCCAUGCAGCCUUCCCCAGGGCCCUGGUUGCUGCUGGCUGUCCUCCUCCACUCCUCUCCCUGUGGGGUGGUGCUGGCUUUUGGCAGCUGCUCGGGUUAGGAUUUUAACUGCCCAGUAAACAGUCACUUCCUCACUGCUCUCAUCCCACCGAGCUGCCUGUGCCACAGAGCCUCUUGCAGUGCUUUUCCUCCUUCUUUUGGCUUUUAAGUAUGACUCUUAGAUCUCUUUCUUUUCCUCCUUCAAGGGCCACCCCCACAGCAGCCCUUCUCUGCGAGGCCUAAAUCACUCCUGAAGCUUUACAGAUUCCAAGGUGUACAUUUCUUGAUCGCUUUUGUCUUACUCGUGUCAGCAUUGUCUUGGAGCAGCUCCAGCCUCUCCCAGUAAGCAGUGCAGUCAAGGUGUAGCUCUUCCUGCCCCAGACACUGCUCCCUACCUCCAGCUGAGACAGCUGGAGGGGCCUGUGGCACUCCUAGAGGGGCUGCUAGGAUUUUGAGUUGGAUCUUUUGUUGUGAGGCUGGUUGUAGUCUACUAAUGAUCAUAGAAAAUGCAGAAGGUUCUCUUUUUCCAGAAGGAAACUGGUUUGGACCCAAAAGGCCGAGCCCCAGACGGGUAGAUAAGCACUGCUGUUCCUCCUUGGCCUACCUGCUGCAGCUGGAGCUCGGCGCUGCCAUGCUGACCUCACUCUGCUGUAGCUCACCCGGUGCCAGCAGCGCAGCUCCCUGCGCUUCCCCUGUGCCAGCAGGAUCUGCAUCCUGGCAGGUAAAUCAGAGAGGAACAGGCAGUGCUUAGCAAGCUCUUCACCCCCUGAUGCCUGUGAGGGGCAGAGGGGGGUGGUGGUGGUGUGUGCAGGCUGCCUGCUGUGCCUGCCGCAGCCAGCGAGGAGCAGAGGUGCUGGCUGGGGUCGGUCUGCCCUUGGUUGCCAUGCAGGGUGCUGCUGUUCCAUGCCUUCUGUAAGCUAGGAUUAAGGAAUCCUUUCAUGUCCCCAUGACACCCUCCCCCUUCCUCCUGUAGGUUUGAUCCCAGCAGGAUUCCUGCCUGGAUUGCAUGUGUAGUGUGUGUUUUGUUCCCAGUGUAUGUGAUCUGCACACAGACGUUGGCGAGGCGAAGCGCUGUGCGUGCCAGGGUCAGCAGCGGGCAGGCUUGGCCAAGGAGGGAUUGCCAGGCUGCUCCCCGGGGGGGCUCUGGGGGUCUGCAAGUGAAAGGAAUCCCCAAAAGAUGCUUGCUGGAGAAGUUGAGGCAAGGGAGAGUGGAAAAUCAAAUGUUACAGUAGGCUGCAGUGGAGGAUUCUUUGGAGGCUUCUCCCAGCCCCGGGAGAGCAGGCAGGGCAAGGUCUGCUCCCCGAGAGCCUUUUGGGCUUUAGGCUUGUGCAAAGAGGUCCUGUGCUAGUUGGAUCUGUCUGUCCCUGCUUCCCUCCCCGCUGCCUUUGGCUAGAGAGAUGCUGCCCAGGAACUGCUCUCCAGGACAAGGCUCUGACUCCAAGCUCCUGGCCCAUGAGUCAGCUGCUCUUGGCAGGGCACCGAGGGGCCUGGGAGCUUUGGCAGCUCUGAGCCUGCUGCAGGGUGAGCAGGGCCAGCUCUGAUGAGCUGAGGUGCCACACUUGUGCUUGCUUCAGUGCUCACUACCCCCUCUGCUCCUCUGCCCAUCUCCAACCCCGCUGGCAGUGCCAAGGGGAAGCCAGGCUGGCAUCCUCUCUGCUGCUGCCUUGUAAGAGCCAGCUGAGGGCUGUGAGGUUCUCCCUUCUCCCAGGCCUUGUGCUGACAACCUUGUCAAAGGAACCUUCAGUUCCAGCUCUGGGUGACCAAUGUCCCUCAGGGUUGAGGCUGGGCUCCCAUGUCCUUGUGAAGGGUGGGCUGGGGAAGAAUCAGCCCUGGGGUCUUCUCCCCUCUGCUGAACCCGCGGUGGCCUGUGGCAGCUCUGAGCCUCCCACCUCUCCUUGUGAGCAUCUUCAGCUUUGGGUAUUGCAGCAGAGGGGAAGCCGAACAAAAGGUGUGGGAACACAGCAGGAGCCCCUUGGAGCUUGCCGGGGCGGGAGGAUGACCGCAGAGGAUGGGCCGGGUGAGGAGGAGGAGGGGAGCCCAGACCCUGCGUGUAGCGAGGCUGCAGCCUCCCCUUGCUGCCUGCCCCCUCCCCCCCUCCGCCCCGCGGCCUCCCCUGGGACAGAGGCUGUGAGCCUGCGGUGCGGGGCUGCGGGGGGCGCUGCCUGUCCGUGCGUGUCGCGAUAUAAACGUCGAUGUUUCACCCCAGCCUGUGCCAGUCUGUCUGUGCCCGUGUCUGCUUCCCUCUCCGUGUCGCUGACUCCUCCUCACCUGUCUGUGGGCGCCGGGGAGGUGCUGCCCUGCAUGGAGCCACCAAACCAACUUCCCCCCACCCCCACCCCACACUGCCUUCCCUCCGUGGGGUCUGCAGGGCCUGGCUCAGCUGCAGCCUCGCUCCUCCCGGCCCAGCUGCUCUUCCCUCCCGGCUCCUGCUCUGUUUUUCCUCUCCUAUCGCCGUGCAGAGCGUGGGUCCUGUACCCUGGCUGGAGCCAGGUGCUGUGGGUGAAGGGAGCUGGCAUCGGCCCUGGAUGGGACAUCAGCUUGUGCCCGGUUGCUCACUGGUUGCUUUUUGGUGGCCCCACGCAGCCCCCCACUCACAGUCAUCCUGGAGCUCCAGCAGCUGCUCGGCAGCCCUAUGCAGUUCUGCUUCCAGCUCCUGCAUGGGCGUCUGUCUGUCUGUCCCCCAGCAAGUCCUUCCAUCUGCCAGCAGCGUCACCGCUCCUCACCUGGAGACAACCUGCAGACUGUCUGGAAACGCUUCGGGACCCUCCCUGAGGGGACCUGUAGAAAUAAAGUGCACAAUAGCAGCA